GUGUUGGGGAGUAGUCAGGCAUUUAUGUCUGUAUUUCUGUAGAAACAGAAACUUUAGAUUUGAUUCAUAUGUGUAACUAAUUCGUAUCAAUAAUGUUCGCCAAAACGUUUAAGGACUUUACCAUUAAUUUUAAUGACAAGAAUACUUUUUCCAGUGGAGACCUGAUGACUGGACAGAUUUCCUUCGAGCUCCCCAAGGCGACAAAGAUCAGCUCAAUCUCAAUGUGUCUGACGGGACGGGUAAACGUCCACUGGUCCUCCGGCGGGGGAAAGAAAAGGAAUCGAAGACACUACAACGCAAAGAUUGCCUUUUUCAACCUGAAAAGCAUGAUUUUGACAGAGGGAGCUGUUGGUGAAGGAGCGAAACUUCCGCCUGGCAGGCAUGUGUAUCCAUUUACAUGUCAUAUCCCACAAGGGGACUUCCCAUCCAGCUUUCGUGGACCUCACGGUCAAAUAUGCUACAGCCUGACGGUGAGCAUUGACAGACCGUGGCAUAUGUCAAAGGAUUUUGUGACAGAGUUCAACUUUGUGCACCACAUCAAUUCCAACCAACCUGACUUAUGGUCUCCUCUCUCAGGCUCCAACAGCAUGGAAGUGUGCUUCCUCUGUUGUGCUACAGGUCCCAUCACAAUGACAGCCAGCGUGGAGAAGAAAGCCUUCACACCAGGUGAAACGGUCAAGAUAAUCUGCGACUUCAGCAACGCUUCAUCUCGGACAGUGACUCCAAAGGUCAAACUGCAGCAGAAGCAGCAUUACUAUACUAUGAACAAGGUCCAUAGCAGGUUAAUGGUGAAAAACUUGGUCUCUCAGACCGGGCUGCCCAUUGCAGCGCACACCUCAGAUAUACAUACUGAGAUGACCUUCACUAUUCCAACGGACUCCUCGCUCUCCAUCUCCAACUGCAGCAUCCUAGAGGUGCAGUACGUGAUUGAGCUGAGGCUCUGUGCAAGUGCUUCCUCGGACCUCACCGUGGUGUUUCCCAUCAUCCUUUGUGACAUCCCUUUUCAUACUCCUCCUCCACCUUAUUGAGGGUAACAUUUUGUGUGUGUACCUUUUAUCAGUGGUCCCCAACCCCCGGGCCGUGGGUCAUUUGGCCACACAGAAAGAAAAAAUAAUUUCCAUUAUUUCAUUUUUUUAAUAUUUUAUUUUGAAAAGUGGCCGGAUUCUCUCUGUUACAUCCGUCUCACCUGACGCAUGUCCAUUGUGCGUGUGCUAACUUUAUCUCAUGCCGCACAGAUAGACUACUACUGUAUUUUUACCAUUUUUCUUUCACCUCAUAUUUGUUGUCAAAUGCUGAUACUAUGUGGGAAUGCAUAAAGGUAAGUUUGGAUGACUUAUUGAGUGCUAAUGUGCACAUUUGUCUCAGUUAAUUCAUGCUAGCACACUGCCUUUUACCACACACGUCAAACACCGAUGUAAUAAUCUCUCUGGAAAAACUUGGCUGGAAUUUGAACUGGUGGAUGGUGGGUCGGCAUUCAUUUUACACAAUACAUAAUAAAUAAGAUAAAUUACAUUGCUAUAAUAUACACCCACCCCCGGUCCGUGGAGAUUUGUGGGAACACAAGCCGGUCCGUGGGUCAAAAAAGGUUGGGGACCACUGCCUUAUAUGAUAUCCUGGUAAAAUGCUUUUUGAGUUUACUGCGAUCUGUGGUUGUGACUGGGAGUGCCUUUUACCUCAAUUCUCAUGUCAUGAGACUCACAGUCUGACGGCCUUUACCACUUCAGUAAGUUUGUUACAAACUAUGCAAAGAUUGUACUAAAACACUGCCAUGUGUAUGUUUUACCAUAUUCUAAAUAUGUUACACUUGCAUACAUGUAUAUAAGUGUCAAAUACUUCACACUUACAUCAGUUUUAAUGCUCAAUUUUGACUGAGCGUAAUAUUUAGCUCUCAAGUAGGUCAAUAAGAUAAUCACAAUACAGAGAAUGCUUGGUUAGCGUUUGUGGCGUCGCAAUACAACUUUUUUCCACUUGCGAUCCGAUACCCACAUUGCAGCCUUGUAUUUCGGCGGAUACCGAUAUCAAUCCAAUAUCAGCACGAAACAUACAUACCUUUUUAUUACUUAUUUUGUAGUGUGGAAUGACAGAAAAGGCUUGAUCAAGUGAUGUUACUCAAACAGAGAACAAUCAUCAACAGUAGGUAUGAGGAAAACAGACCCAUUUACUUCUUUAAGCAUCUUGGGUAUAGUUUUAUCCACAAUGUGCUGCCUUGUUGACCCGAUUAUAAGACUCUUCUUCAAGGCCUGUUUUUUGGGGGGGAUACUCUGUUUUCAAUCCUGUUGUCAAUAUCAGUGAAAUAACUGCUAGAUUACAAUAAAAAGACAUCACAUUUCUUAGCUGCUUGACAGCUGUUUGAUGAUUCUGCUCGAGUGAUCACCAUUAUUUUGAAAUGAACAAUACGAUCGUCAGCCUUUUUCUGCCUUCUUGAAGUACCUGAUGCAUUCUUUGUUACUUAGCCAACACGUGUAUAAUUCUAAAUGGCUUUGCACGCAUAUUCCACCUUGUUACCCAUGUAAAUAUGUACUUUUUUAAUUCCAAAAUUGCUAUUGUCAUACUACUAAAGGUCCAGGUAUUUUUUUUUUAUGUAAACUUUAUGGUUAAAUGUUUUUUAGACCUUUUGAGAACACCAAAUGGCAGCAAUUACCUCAAACUGUAUGGUCUCUUGCAACCAAACCACCAUAACUGGGAUUUUGUUACACAGUAUUGUUAAAUUGUUAUUGAUUUUAAUUGAAAAUAACAGGAAGAAGUACUAUAAUCUAUAUGCCAUACAGUAUUAAAAGAAAACAUUUUAUAACCUCCAUGUUUUGGGUUUGUGUUUCCUUUGCUUGUUUUACUCAUGAUGUAAGCCUUAUUGAAUAUAUUGUAAUAUUAAAAAUACAUUUGAAUUAAUAGGUGCCUUUCAUGGCUCAAGAUAAAAUACACAAUA